AUGAAUAACCAGGGUGUAACCUAUGCAGAACUGAAGCAUGCAAAGAAUUUAAAAAGCCAGCAAAUGAAAUCUUUGGUACCUGAAAGCUCCAUUUCGAUAACCAAGCAAGAAAUAACUUAUGCAGAAUUUAACUUUCAAAAUGCUUCUCAGGAUCUUCAGGGGAAUGACAAUACAUACCACUGCAAAGGCUUACCAUCACCACGGGAGAAGCUCAUAGCUGGGAUCCUGGGAAUUAUUUGCCUUGUCUUGAUACUCAGUAUUGUAGCAGUAAUUAUUAGUAAUGCCUCAUAUCAUUGUGGUGCUUGUCCAAAGGAGUGGUUAACAAUUUUCAACAACUGCUACUAUAUCAGUAAUGAAGAAAAAACCUGGAAUCACAGCAUAACAGCAUGUGCUUCUAACAACUCUCAUCUGCUCUACACAAAAAAUCAGGAAGAAAUGGGUAAUACCCAGGGAAAGGAGAGGUUCCAGGUUCCCUGCCCCACCUUAAGAAGGGAAGAGCUGGGCAGGGAGGAGAAACUGAACAGAAGACUGGGACAAGGGAGGCGAGAGCAAGAAGCCCUAGAGGAGGCACAAGGAGCAGAGAGACAUGUGAAAAAGCUUGGACUUGGAUUUGUACCAGGGACUUGGACGACUCAGAAGGAUGUGUAUACUUGUACAGAUGUGGGUGAGAGACCAUGGGGCGCCUAA